CCACACAGUCUGGUGAGGAGGCCAGCUAGACGGGCUAGUUUUGGAGGCUCCUCAAGAAGGCAGCUAUAUACGCCCAAGGACGCAAGCACCACGAUGGCUCGGAAGACAGUCGCCGCGGCGCUGCUCUCCACCGCUCUGUUCCUGGCGCUCGCCAGCAGUCGCGCGGGUUGCCGCGCCAUGCCGGCCCAGCAGUCGGCUGUAUCGGCAGUGGACACGGGCAACUCGGUGGCCGCCGCAAGCAACUGCACCAAGGACUCGCGUGCCAAGGCCAUCUGCGACGAGUGCAUCUACGUGACCGGCGCCAGGGAGUCGUACGAGCCGUGCUGCGCCAACCUCAACCGGCUGCAGGAGUACUGCGAGCACUUCCUCCGCUACUCGCCGGACUCCAGUGUAAACGAGACCGCCACCAGAGAGCGCCGCCGGCACUGAACGUCCAAGCUGCGUUCCGCGGGAGUGCAGCAUUGGAAGUGGUGGCUGCGACUUUCUAUACAGUGGCUUGCAGCCAGAAAAAAAAAUUCUAGCUACGUACUGAGAAAAUCCUCGUGCGUUCUCACAAUUCCGCACGCCUUCCGCAUUGUUCGUGCGGCAAAAGCGGAAUGUGUACGGAAUGCUUAUCAUUUCUGUACGAUAUGAAAAUCAAAUGGAAACAAUCCUGAGAACUAAUGCGGAACUUUUCCAAUAGUGUACACUCGAAUUCGUGGUGGCUGCCGGUUGUGUCUGCCUGGCUGUUAUUGGCUGCAGAUGGCGCUCUCUUGAGCUCUCGUAAGAAUACUCGUAGAGUAAGAUAUCCGUACUGCUUUAGCGACUACCGUCACUCGGAGACAAGCAGGGUGGGACGUACUGAUAAGGGAGUAAAAACUAUGGAAAAUGGAGUCAAAUACGGGUAGCGCAGUUACUCCCGUAAAAAAGUGUUGGUAGAACUCCUUUUGCAAUUAAGGUGGUAAAAUGAAAAAGUGCACCGCGUGCGCUCUGUCGUUGAACGUAAUGAUGAAAAAAAGUACAAGGAAUACAAGAAAUGUGGAAAGCGGAGUCAAAUAUGGGAAGCGCCGUUACUCCCGUAAUAAAAGUUGUUCCUAGAACUUUUUUUUUUCGUAAUUAUCGUGGUAACAAGCAACAGCGCGCGGCCUGGGCUCUGUCGUGGAUGGACGAGAACGCAGUUGCACCUGACAAUUUGCAAAGUUAAGCCUGCUGGUACGUAAUUUUCAGCACUGCACCGCCUGGCUCGUUAUUCUAUAGGUCUUGAAGGAUAUAUGCAAGAACGAGCCGUGCGCCGAAGCUCCUGACUUAGCUAACGGUGCGGUGCAGCUUCUAGAUCUGUGAUGUAUACCACUGGUAAUCCUCACCUGUCAGAUAUCUGGCACCACGGAGAUAAAUGAAAUCCACGAAAUUCGCAGCAAAUUUGACCAUAGGGAUCGACGCUCACUGGUGUCACCCUAUAGUUCACAAAGAUCUUCAGUGCUAACUUCGCAGUGAAAAUACUCCAUGCGAGACACGUAGCAUGUACAUAGGAAUGUAAAUAAGCAUAGUGUUUAUACGCGGGACCCAUGUUUCAUUUUUGUGUUGUUGUAUUUAACUACUGUCAUAACACACCUUACGAGAAAAGAACAACUUGUACGCGUCAGCAAUGUUUGCCGCUGACUGUCUGCAUCUGUACAAAGCCCAUGAAAAGUCGUUUUCAACUUGUACGUUCAAGAGACAAGCCUCAUCGCCCUGAUUAGUUCGCUCACUGAUGUACAUAGUGCAUAAAAGUGUUCAAAUUGUCCAUGUUUUGCAACUUUUCAAACGUGCUCUUGUUGUUAUGAAUAAAGACGAAGCGAACUCCGUAAUGAAAGCUA